AUGGGUUUCACCAAGCAUUCGAAGAGAAAGAACAUCAUCAUCGUGAGUAUCACAUUCGCUCUGAUUUAACAGUUAGGAGGGGGGCGGGGCAGUGAGGAUUUUAAAGCAGCUUUUUAUCAUCAAAUCAAGAAUUAAUGAAGAUUUAUGAGCGUUUUGAAUGAAUGAAAAAGGGAAUUGAAUAUGGAGUUAGACGCUGAGAUUUAUCCCACAACAACAGAUUCAUGCUGUAAAGUCAUGAUUUAUCAACACUUUCUUCAACAUCAGGGUGAAAAGAGGGAGAUUUUCCAGAGUCUCAGCUUGUUCUAAUAGCUGUGCAGUAUUUUUGGACGUUGUUCUUAACUAAAAAAACAGCAAAACAAACUUUAUAUUCCAAAGAAACUGAGUAUUUUCUGUAUGUGCAUGAAUGUAAGCACACCACAGUGAUGAGGUCCUACCUUCAGUGCUGCUUCGGUCUCCCUGAUGAAUGUUUGUGAGUCUGUGAACAUAUCAGCUCCACUUCUGCUGAACUCAUCACCCAAAAACAGAGAAACGUCCUUUGCGGCACGCGAGGCCGUUUUGACCCCGGCUUUUGUGACCCGGCUGGCCUCAGACAGUCUGCACACAAUACACCCGCCAAUGCUGCACAUUCACGACUGUGCCUCAACCUUUCAAGAGUACCUGACUGCAGACACAGCGGAGCACAGCUGGACACCAGCUUGGAUAACAGCAGUUUUGAAUCAGGCGACUUCACCAGCCGGAGUUGAUCUUUGCAUGUAUUUCUCACAAACUUUAACUGAGGUUGAUAUUUUGAGUGACAAUAAUUGGACUCCUGUGGCUCUGCGGGUGUGCAGUUCGACUUCUGUUGGAGCACGUUCAGUCAGAAGUUUGUUUCUGCAGUUGUGUAACACAAAAGUCAUGGUUGACGAUCUGAAAAGCAGAUUUGAAGAAACCUUCCCAACCCCCCCAAACCUGUAUCGCCCUCCCCACGACCAGGGCUAGCUAGUUCUGGAUCAUACAAGGGCAACUGGCAGCCCAGGGAGCUUGUAGAUUGGCAAUUUUUGCAACUUUUGUGUGACAUCGAACGGACUGACAGUAAAUGUGAUGUGGCCCCCCGGAUUGAGUGUGGAAAUAUAGUGGCCCCCUCCAUCAUCAAAGUUGCCCACCACUGGUCUAGACUCUAAACGAUCUAGAAGCUCACGUGUCCCAUCAUGAAGUCAUCGUCUGUUUAAAAUGCAACAAAAUUGAGGGCCACAACCACCACAUCCCCAACCAAACCACAACCAAUAGGCAGGAGAGGGUAUCACAUUCCUACCACGUGUGCACAAAGCAGGACGUAACGUGACAUUGUCGAACAAUGGUGACAUUUGUCACAUAUUGAUGACGUAUAUGUUGAUGAACGCAAACUGAGCGUCCACACUGCAGUCAGAUCAGAUACAUAUCUGAUUUAUAUCCACAUACAGAAGAGGCCUGGGUCGGAUUAGAACCAAUCAGAACUGACCUGUUCACACUUAGAUGAAAAAAUCAGAUAUGAGUCACAGAUGGUUAAAACAUCAGAGUUGACCUGCGAUGUGAACACACGUUUAGCUGCUCAGAGCUCUGAGGAGGGCCGGGAGAGUGGGAGGGGACGAUUCAGAACUACGGGAGAGGGGUGUGUCGAAUACAGCGAGGUGAUUGGAUGGACAGGCGGAGCAGGAGAUUGACCAAUAGGAGCUGUCCGGGACGGAUGGCUCCUAUUGGUCAAUGUUUUCGCAGCCCUGCACCUCCUAGAGUGGACGGAUUUUUUCUGUUCUUUUUUCUCUACACUUUGUGGAGAUCGCACUAUAGGACCGUGAUCGCCAUAGAAACGAGGUUCAUAAUAAUUACCAAUCUCUACAAUCGUCAGCCAUGACUUUACUUUUGUGAAAAAGAUAAAACAAAGAUGAACUUUAGCUGGUGAGAUCGCUUAAUUCUGUCUAACAGAUGAGGUUUCAGCUGUUAACGCUAACAGAGGCCUCCGACUCUUUUAGUUAGCAUGUUUGCUAACGUGAUUUCUCCCAUUCUGAAGUCUGGUCUGCCUCCCAUGGUUUACGUUAAUGCAGGGUCUCUUCUUGUUUUGAACAUCUUUGAUAAACCAGAGUUGUAGACGUCUGUUGUUUUGCAGCAGUCGGAGGAUUCAGAAAAUCAUCCAUGAAAGGCUGGUCUGAGGAGUAACACAUGUGCACACCAGGUUUUCUCAUGCCUGUAGCUGUCUGGUUGAGUUUCCAGGUCUAGUCACGCACAUCUCACACCAAGGUUAACAUCAGUUUGAUUGGUACAGACUCAAAACAAAACAGGAAGGCCAUUGACUAGAAUGAGAACUAAAGCAGGUCUAAACAAGAUUACUCUUGUUUGUCGACUCAGACCAUCAGCAGCACUUUGGUUUUUAGCUCUUUGUUAAACAGACGAAGUUGAUGCAGAUGUUUUUAAUGAGCUACAAAAAUGAACAAAACCCCUCAGGGACACAAGUGAUCCUUGUGAUACAACAGGUUCUAAAGCGUUCCUCCUCUGCUGCUGAACAGGUGACAGAAACGGCCCGCUCACAUUCUUCUUUAUUGACAUUUCCCACCAUGAAGAUUCACAGUCAGGAAGAGACGUGUGAGACCAGUCAAAGAGAGCAGGAUGAGUUAAACGUUACUCAUGCAUGAUUUAAGUGCAGAUAUUAAUAUUUAGUUCAAUACUCAUGAGAGGAGUGAUUUUAAACGCAUUUAUGUUUUGUCUUUUGCACCGCUGUGGUUAUCUUGUGACAUGAGUUAGAAAGGUAAAUUAAAUGCACAGCUGUGAGGUAACCCUGUUUUUCCAGUCUGGUUGUAGACUGUACUGAGACACUAUGAGCUCUGCUGCACAGAGGAAACAGGCUGCAUGACUCUGACACUCCCCCAUGACCUGUUUUUGGUCCAUCUGUCAGUUUCUUUUUGUGACCACUUAAUUUCCCUCUUUUCUCUCAGAGUUUAUUUUCUCUGGAAAUCUGUUUUCUCCCGCUGCAAACCUCAAACAUGUGUCUCCUUGACUUUGUAUCUUUGUGUAAGUACAGCCAAGAGAGACCUGCUCACCAGAUUUCAGAAGUUUUGUUGUCUUCAAGAGGAAUAUUUACAAAAGAGAAGAUCAUUUCCAACACAGAUGAAAAGACAACCUGCUCCCAAUCCCCCGGCUGCAUCUGAGCAGCUCGACAUUUAAUCAAACAAAACCUCGUUUCUAACUGCGUCUCUCUGGACAUUAGCAGGAUCAUUGCUCAGAGGUCAGUCUCUGACAGUGAACUGAAACAUCAUUUUUAUAACCUGGAUCAGUCAGAGUCUUGGUGUAAGAAGGUCAGUGUUUAUUAGAAACAGGAGGAAUAUGAGAGCAUGUCUCAGGUAGAUUUGGACAGGUGUGUGAGUAAACCCUCUGCUUUCUUUCUUUCUUUCUUUCUUUCUUUCUUUCUUUCUUUCUUUCUCACGUUCAUGACAAGAAUUGAAUUUUGGGGAAAUCCGUUUUUGUGUUUCCUGUUUGUGAUUCACAGAUCGCAGUUUCAGUGACAAUCGUGAAUAUCAUCAUCAUCGGUCUUGGAGUCGGUCUGGGACUGGAGUCGAAGAAGUGUGGAAAUGAAGGUGCUGUAAGACACGCACACGCUCAAACGUGCAUGAAUCCCUCUGUUCAAAAUACUAAAGACGCCAAACUCCUGAAGUGUCAGAUUGAGCUGUCCUGUGACUCAAACAUCUGAUGACUCGGUUGAGCAGUGAGGCAGAUCAAUCAAUAGAUUCAGAUUGAUUAAAUUCUCCAGUGACUAUUAUUUUGAUUUAUGUGAGUUCUUGUUAGUCACACGUCAGAAGUUUAUGUUGACAACAUGAAUCACAGGCGGUAUGCAGGAACUGCAGAUUGAAACCAGCUGUGUGCCGCUGCUGAAGGCACUGAGAUCGUGAGGAGUUUCCAGAGAGUUGGUGCUGCAGGCUGACUCUGUGGAGAGCUUCUUACUCAGACGAUCUGUGAGCUUUCAGAGCUGAAAGACUGAGUUGUUUUAAAAGUUAGAGGGAGAAAAAAGUCAAUGAAAAUCUUCACCUUCUGGAAAAUUAUCAUCAUUUAAGCACCAGGACUUGCUUCAAGCAGCAGGGUUGGUAAAAGUAGAUCAUACAAGAUCACGAGGCAUUGCUUCCUCCGAUGCACAUCAUGAAAUCCUCUGCAGAGUCAUGAGUCUUCAUUUGCAUGUCUUCUUGUGCUAACUAUGUAGAGAAUCAGCGAGGGGAAGUUUCUCCUCAAACAUGAAUCUCUCUGGUCCGACUGUAAACCUUUGAGUCCUCUUAGACUGCUGCAGCGAGAAAACAAGUCUGUCUUAUCUGCGGACAUUUUGCUGGAGUCAUUUUACUGCAUGUUCGGUCUUAAACGAGUCUAUGACAGUUUUACAUGAAUGAUGAUCCUCCCACUCAUGCUGAUGUUGUGUCACAUGCUCUUGUCAUGUUUUAUUAUGAGCUAAAACCCGAGUUUAAGCGUCUUUGGCGUGUUUGCUCUUGUAGAUUUGAACUGCAGCAUCUGCUUUAUCAUCGUCAGUACAUUUUCUUUUUGUUACUUAGGCGGGUGCAUUCAUGAAAGAAAAAAAACACCUAACCCUAAAAAAGAUUCUAACAAUAGGUUUCUCAGCUGUUUUUUUUAUAGAAUUAGAUGUCCUUAAUGUCAAACUAAAGGUUUACCAAAGUUUGACCGCUAAAAAGGCGUCAUUUUCACAAUGACGUCCAUGAUAGGAAGGAAACCCAGGGGAGACACCCCAGGGGAAUAGGGUAAAAGUUUCAACUAACAGAUAUCACCAUGAAACUUCUCAAGUUUAUAACUCACAUUAAGACAAAUAUUUUUUGGUAUUAUAAGUUUUGUCAAAUGUUAUGUUGGAAUAUGUAAAUGAGGUAAUAUCUAAAUAAAAAUGCACUAAUUUGCAUACAUUUCCAGAACAGAAAAUUCUUGUUUUAUUUUGUUUACGUUUGUUGUUUAGGAGGGGGAGGAGGGGACUUUGAAUAUCUCUUUUUUUAUCAUGUAUAAACUAAUUCAAUUUAAUACAUUCAUCAUUUUCUGUAUUGGAAAAAGCUGAAUCAUUGAUUUACUAUAGUUAAGUGAACACAGUGUAACUUUGAAAAAUGAAACAGCAUACGAAUAAAAUUAUUUUAUGAUAAUAAUUUUAUCUUUUAAUCAUGAUAAUUAGAUAGAAUGUUGGAUUAUUGAAUUCCGACUGCAGCGGUGUCACAUUCUCACUGAAGCUGCCUCAUUUUAUUAUUGUUGCUGAACAUUUAUUCUGAAAUUUCUACCUACUGCAUUGCGUUUUUGGCUGCUGUGCUAGCCGUUGUAACAACGUGCUUUUAUUCUGAAAUUGGAACGUUAACGCCUUUUCCGGUUAAACGUUAGUCCCGACGACGAUUUCAAAUUCAAACCGCCAAAAGGGACGGCGGUGAGAAUGCGUACAUGUAAACCUCGUUGAGCGCCCCUUGAGAGGCAAACGCUUUCUAUGAGCUUUUUUAUUUCUCGACGAAUCUUUAUAAAGUUGUUUUAAAAGUGCGGAACAACCGCCAUUUCGGGGACGGCUAAGCUAGCUAGCUGCUGCUACUGCUGCGUCAUCGUCCCUCUGUUUAAACGGUGAGUGUCAACGGCAGGAAAGGACCGUUAACCGCCCGUUAGCGUCAAAAAGUGACUUCUACUUUGUUUCCUUUGGAUUGUUUUCAACACAAUAUCAAUAUUUCUUAUUCUUAAAUGACGGUUGUUGUGAAUACCGGUUUUUGCGACAGCUUUAGUUCAGUAGAGUAUCCAGUAAAUCAGAAGAUAUAAGCCAACAGUUAGCAAAAUUAGCGGCAGUUUGAAAUUGGGGAGAGUGGGGUAAGUUGAGCCAACAUUUUGUUUGGAAAUGGUAAAAGAAAUUGAUCAUUUGAUCAAAUAUUUAGAAGCUGGGCAUCAAUUCAUGGAGUCUGUGAAGGUUAGAAGCAAAUGGGUGAAGGGGUUAGACAUUUAUUUACAAAAAUAAAUUUAGUCUGUCUUUAGUUUGAUUAAAAUUGUGUUCAGACCAAAAAAGAUCAUUUUAAAUUUGUUUUAUACAUCAAUUGUAGUAUCUAUAAGCUACAUGAGGUCAAACUUUGGUCUGUUACUUUUGCACUAAUUCAAUCACCCAAAUCUAAAGUAUGAAGUUUUAAACAUAAUCAAUCAUAGCCCCUCGACCGCCAAGAUUUUGUUUUGUUUUGGAUUUUCUUCAGGUGUACACUAAGCUGUGAGAAUGGCAUUGACAUUGUGGGUGAAUUAAGUUCAUUCAUUCACUCAUUCAUUUAUCUUUGACAAAGCUCCUGAGACAAAUCUAAAAUGUUGGUUGAAUGAUGUUCAUUGUGUCUUCAGUUUUUUAGAGAUAGUUUUCUUUUUUCCCCUUUAUCCCAGACAUGUAAUCUUUUUCAUGUACCUUGACAUGUUUCAGCAGAAAAUUUCGCCUUCCUCAGAGGUGUCACUUGGUGGUAGGUGUGCCGCAUCAUGUCAGCUUAUUAAGGAAAUAAGGAAAUAAGGAAACUGGGCCAAGGGAUGAUGACCAGGGAUGAGGGGGCAUACAUGCUCUAACACGCCUGGAGCAGCAUCCUGCAGAGGCGAACAGACGGCGGGAGGUGUGACUGUCCUGUCAAAUAAAUGGACAGGAGGGCCCCCCCCCCCCCCCCCCCCCAUAACACCAGCUGACAUGAUGCGCCACACUUACCACCAAGUGACACUUGUGAGGAGGGCGAAGGUUUCUGCUGAAACAUGUCAAGGUACAUGAAAAAGAUUACAUGUCUGAGAUGAAGGGGAAAAAAGAAAACUGUUUCUAAUCUAGAACACUGUUUUGUGUUUUUCAUUUUCAGUCAUCCCACACACAUCCUGCAGGAAUCGAUGCUACGAGCCUUACGACGGGGAAGUCCCAGGCUGCAGAUGUGACCAGAGCUGUAACAAGACCGACAGCUGCUGCUUUGACUAUCACGACAUCUGCACUGUGCCAAGUAAGACACUGUUGUUAACACCAGCCCUGUAACUUUGUCUGUAAUCAUGCAUGUCUCUCAGGACAGCCAGGAAGACUUUUGAGCUCCAGUUUGGAAGUUUUCUAUGAGAUACCAGAUGUGCAGUGAUAGCACUGCCCUCAUGACUUCAUGUUGCACUCUGACUCAGCUGCUCUGAAGCUAAGAAUUACUCCAUCUCUCUUUUUUCUUUUUUUGUUUUCAGCGAAUUGCAGUCAGGUUGUUUUACUCCAUGUUUGUUUGUUCAGGUCAGCAGUGGGAGUGUACGCGGCUUCGCUGUGGAGAGAAGAGGCUGACAGAGAGCAACUGUCACUGCUCUGACGACUGUCUGUCUGCAGGAGACUGCUGCACCAACUACAAACAUGUCUGCCAGGGUGAGAAUGUGAAGCGAGGACAGGACCGAUAAGAUACAAGAGACAACAAGAUAGGGGAGAUCAUGAGCCAGAAAAUAGGCAGAGAUAAGAUGAGCUGUUCAACUGUAAAAAGAAAAAAAAUCUAUAAAAGAGAGAUGCUACUGUUACAUAAACUCAUGGAGGUCAUUGAGGUGAAAUGUCGGCGGCUUUGGAUGUUUUAUGGGCUCAAACUUCGACUUUUACAGAGCGGUAAUCAAACCCACAUGGGCUUGUUGUCCAAACGUUUCCAGUCAAUUUGAUGUCUGCUUUUGUCGUUGGACAGUUAUCUUAAAGAUGAGGAACGUGUUAAGCUGGAUGUGAGUUUAAUCAAUCAAUCAAUCAAUCAACUUUAUUUAUAUAGCACAUUUAAAAUAACCACAAGGGUAGCCAAAGUGCUGUACAGUGACAUAAAAACAAAUAAAACAAUCAAAAAACAAGAUAACGCAAGCAGAAAUACAGUAAUACAAAAGAAUAAAUAAGUGUAUAAAUAAGGAGGCUCAUGGCAAGUGCUAAGAUGAUAAAAAACAAAUUAACACUACAAUGUACUAAAAGCCAAUGAGUAAAAGUGCGUUUUUAAAAGGGAUUUAAAAACAGUAAAUGAGGAGGCCUGUCUAAUUUUCAAGGGCAACUCAUUCCAGAGCUUAGGGGCAGCAGCAGCAAACGCUCUGUCCCCUCUGAGCUUCAGCCUAGUACUGGGGACCGUCAGUAAAAGCUGAUCAGCUGAUCUUAGGGGUCGGGGUGGGCAAUGAGGGUGGAGCAUCUCCGAAAUAUAGGGUGGAGCAAGGUUGUUCAGGCCCUUAAAAACAAAUACUAAAAGCUUAAAAUGAAUUCUGUACUGAACAGGGAGCCAGUGUAAGGACGCCAGGAUGGGGGUGAUGUGCUCACGCCUGCGGGUCUGUGUCAGGAGACGUGCAGCAGAGUUCUGUUUAGACAACAUGUUGCUAUCAGAGCAGCUCAGACAGUCUUGACCUCAGGGGCAUUCUCAGCUGCAGCUGUUGGUAGAUUACCUCUUUUGAUCUCUAUGAUCUGUCUUAUACUGGAUAUAAAUCCUUUUUUUUCCACACCCUCCUUCUUUCUCAGAGAAUAAAACCAUGACCGAGGGAUGAGCCAGCUGCUCAGAACAUUUGACUUCUCAGCAUUUAUUUAUUGGAAACAUCCUAACCGUGAAUGUGUUGUAUUUUUGUGACCUGCUGCAGGAGAGACAGAGUGGGUGCAGGACACUUGUGCGAACCUCUCAGCUCCGGCAUGCCCUGCAAGGUACAAUGAAUUCAAUGUACUCUGAAUAUGUUCUCCAAACUUGUAACACAGCCACAGCAAAUGCAUCACACACUGUUCACUGAUGGCUUUGAAGUGAUGUUUGCAAAUCCAGAAGUUAUCGUAUGAUAUAAACUUAGCUGCAACAGGACCUAUUCAUGACUUCUCCCAGAGAACUAGAUGACUCAUAAUUUACAGUGAAAAAGGAGGAGAGUCAGAAGAUUAUAAAACCACAAAAAAACAAAGCAAAGAUGGAGGAGACAGCAAGUAUUUAUCUGUUAAAUGAAUUAUGGAGAUGUUUCACCGAAUACAUUUAUUUCACUUGGAUUUAGAGUUUUUGGUUUCAGUUGGAAAACCCCAAAAUAAUAAGUUUUCUUCAUUUCUUGUUUAUUCAUUUCCUGUGUGAUACAGAGCGAUGAUUACACUCUGACACAUCUUCAGGUGUCGAGUUGAAGUGUUCGUGUAUACACUCAGUCGUGGUUUUGGUAUUGGAUUGAAAAAAGCUGUCUGCAGAUCGUCUCUGAUAUUCCCACAGGACAGGCAGCUGGUUGUAGUGACACACUGCUAUUUCCAGAUAACAUUAAUUGUGUCUCAUUUUUUUUGUCUGGGCAUUAUGACGAAAGAUUGUAUCACAGUUUGUCUCUUUAUUUAGCAGUUAUGUUUUGUCUCCGUGUAGUCAUCAUAAACAAACCCCUCAAUGAGAAAUACUGAUGAGCAAACGUCUUUGUCGAGCACAUCUGUACAGUCACUGGACGGGUCUGCAGGUUAAACUCUGAAAACCAUCAAAUAAUGAAAAUGGAAUGUGUUUUGUUUUGUUCCAUAAAGCUUUGUACGUUUGUCAAGCACAAAAAAAACCAAAAAACUCGUGUGAGUAAAAUAAAUAAAAGUGCUUUCCCUGAUCCUCCUGCAGCAACUCUGCCUUACAACCAGUCACUGUGAGAUGAUUCUGUCUUCAGUCCUCUUCCUUAUUGGAUUAUCUUCUGUCCUAGCUUCAAGGGGAAGCAGCCUCUGCUCCUGGUCUCUCUGGAUGGACUGCGGGCAGAGUAUCUGCAGACAUGGAACGGUCUGAUUCCUGUUCUGGACAAACUGAGUCAGUAAACCCGUCUCUGCACAUCUGCCUUUGUUUUCUUGAUUAAGUUAAGAUCUUUCCUGGACCUUAACUUUUCAGGUCAACUGUUUGGCUGGAAAUCUAAUAUGGCUUUUAUAAUGUCCUCUAAAAUCAUCCUAACUUUUUAUUCCCCUGUGCAGCGCUUCUGUUUCUGCACCUUUUCAGACUCACAUGUCCCUGCCUUUUUCUCCCCGUCAUGUAGCUUUCAGGGCAUGUCCCUGGAAAUAUCCAGCCUGGUUUAUUUACGCCUUUGUUCAGCCGCCGCUAUUCAUCCCUCCUUGGGGAUUGUAAACAUUCUCAGUAAUUCAUGAUGAAACACAAAGUAGAAAUCCACAGGGCUAAUUACACCGUGUCCCAAAUUAUUAUGCAAAUGAUAUUCUCAGAUUUUCUAAAUUGUCAACCCAAAUGACAGUCAGUCUAAUUUUCAAGUCAUCAUCUGUUAGAGUAUAAUGAAAAAUGUUUUUGAACAAACCUCCCAAUGAUAACAGUAUUUUAUUCAAAAUAAAAAACUUAAAUCUACUGAUCCACAUUAUUCUGCACAACAGAGUUUCAAAACAUUUUAUAGGUUGUAAAAAACUGAAAAUGGUCAUUUGUUUAAAUUUGCAGCAUUAGGAGGUCAUAUUUACUGAAAUCAAAAGCUAUUUUAAUCAAAAACAUCUUAACAGGUCAAGUUACAUCUCAACAUAGGAUCCUUUAUUUGAUAGCAGCUUCAAAAUUCUUGUUUCAUCCUUUGAACUUUUUCGGAGUUUUUGGAGAGUUUCUGCUUGGAUUUGUUUGCAGGAUGUCAAAAUAGCCUCUCAGAGCUGCUGUUUGGAUGUGACCUGCCCCCCACCCUCAUAGGUCUUUUGCUUGAAGAUGCUCCAAAGGUUCUCAGUAGGGUUGAGGUCAGUGGAGGUUGGGGGCCACAUCAUGAGUUUAUCUCCUUUUAUGCUCAUAGCAGCCAAUGAUGCAGAGAUAUCCCUUACAGCAUCACAUGGUUCAUUGUCAAGCAUGAAGAUGAUUUUAUUAUGAGAAGCACAGUUCUUCUUCUUGUACCAUGGAAGGACAUGGUCAGUCAGAAACUCUAUAAACUUCGCUGAGGUCAUUUUCACACCUUCAGGGACCCUAAAGGGGCCGACCAGCUCUCUCCCCAUGACUCUGUCCCAAAACAUGACUCCACCACCUCCUUGCUGACAUUGCAGCCUUGUUGGGACAUGAUGGCCAUCCACCAACCAUCCACUACUCCAUCCAUCUGGACCAUCCAGGGUUGCACGGCACUCAUCAUUGAACAAGACUGUUGGAAAAUUAGUCUUCAUGUAUUUCUGGACCCACUGCAGCUGUUUCUGCUUGUGAGCAUUGAUUAGGGGUGGCCGAAUAGAAGGUUUAUGCACAACUGUAAGCCUCUGGAGGAUCCUACAGCUUGAUGUCCCUGGGACUCCAGAGACAUCAGCAGCUUCAAAUAUGUAUUUGCUGCUUUGUAAUGACAUGUUAGCAGCUGUUCUCUUUAUCCGGUUUAUUUGUCUGACAGAAACCUUCCUCAUUGUGCCUUUAUCUGCACAAACCCGUGUGUGCUCUGAAUCCACCAUAAAUCUCUUAACAGUACGAUGAUCACGCUUAAGUUUUCGUGAAAUAUCAGAGGUUUUCAUACCUUGUCCUAGACAUUCAACUAUUUCACACGUUUCAGCAGCAGAAGAUCCCUUUUUUUCCCCAUAUUGCUUGAAAACGUUGGUCUGCUUAAUAAUGUGGACGGUCCUUCUUUGGUAGAUUUUCCCUUACCUGAGCUCACCUGGCAAACUACUUAUCACAGGUAAAUGAGAUUGAUUUCAGUGAUCCAAAGAGCCCUGAGACACAGUACCAUCCAAAAGUUUAAUAAACAAAAAAUGGAACCUUUAUGACUCUUAAAGACAAUUUGCAUAAUAAUUUGGAACGCAGUGUAGUUUUGAUGAUAUUUCAUUUCUAGGGAAGCCUCUGAAUCACAUCCAAACUGAUAGUGGUUCUUGGAUGAGGAAAGAUUUCAGGACGGAACAAGUUCAUCUGCUCUUAGGGAGCAAAAGCUGAAAGAUUGCUGACUCAGAAACAACUGGCACUUCUGCUGUUAGUGAUGAUUUCGACAGAAAUUAAAAUGCAGCUCUUUAGAAUGACUCACUAUAUGACACAAAAUUAAGAAGGUGAAAAACCUCGCUUCAAUCAAAGGUGGUGAAAACGAUUGUUCGAGCCUGUCUUACUGACCCUCUAUCGGCUCUGAAAGCUCGAGUCACUCUCGUGUAACAGUCAGGCGGUCUGAGCAGAAUCAAGCAGAUGACCUUGCCGAGUCUCCUCAGAGACACACGGAUAAAAAUUUCAGGAUCGAGGAGAAUAAAUAGUUUUUGUAUGCAUGGAAAAAUGUUUGAGGGCUUUCAUUUCAGCUCCCUGAUUUCAAAGUCAAGGUUGCUGACAUUUUGACUUGAGUGAUUACAGAUGAAGAGAGUCAUCACCGUUAUACUCUGUCUUUGUAAAUCUGUCCUUUCUGCACUGUUGUGAGUUUGUACUUGUCUGUGGAUGAUAAAGAUAAGGUUCAACAUGCUGCUUUUUAAUUUCAAUGAAUAAAUACAUAUUUUUCUUCUUAUUCAUCUGUGUGGAACAGGGAGGUGUGGGACAUCUGCUCCGUACAUGCAGGCAGCAUUUCCGAGCAAGACUUUCCCCAACCACUACACCAUUGUUACGGUAAAGACAUGACACAAACGCACUGUAUCUAAAACUCUUCCAUCUGCUUUGUUAGCGCCUGACUACACCUUAGUUUUCUUACUUUCUUAACUUUUAUAUUUUUAUUAGAACAAAUAAACACAAAGACACGGGAAGAAGCCUUUAACAGCUUUGUAGCUUUCUCUCUCUUUUUUUUUUCCCCACUUAGUUUUGAGCUGCAAAGUUUAAGUCAGUUUUUCUAUUCAGUGAAUUAAGUUGAAAAAAAGGUCCAUAAGGAGAUUAAUGAAGGAGAUGAAAUUAGGGGAAAAAAAAAACAAACAGGAAAAGUUUGUGUCCUAUUUCACAGAGCGUUUUUUCCCCCACUCUUUAAACCUUCCUGUCCUUCGGCCUGGCGUUGUAUAGAGUCUGAGGGCUGAUUAUCAAUCAAUCAAAUUUUAUUUAUAUAGCGCCAAUUCACAACAGUCGUCAUCUCAAGAUGCUUUUCAAAGAACAAGAGCAGGUCUAGACCACGCUCAUUGUUUGAUGAUCAAGAACCAACCUAAGAUGGGUUUUGGCCCAUCUCAACUAACAUGAGAAGCAGUGGCGAGGAAAAACUUCCUUUUAACAGGCAGAAACCUUGGGCAGGACCAGCCUCAUGUUAGACAGCCACCAUGCCGCUGCUGGGUUGGGGAGGAAUGUAGAGAGAAGAGGGGAGAGGACGGGGGGGGGGCAAGAUAAGGGAAGGCGAGAGAGAAUGAGUAGGGAGGGGGAGGGAGAGAGAGUAGAGAACGAGGGUGAGAGAGAGACAGGGGGCAGCAGAAACAACAGCAACAACAACAACAGCUCAUGUAAUGGUGAAAUAAAAAAAGAGUUCAGUUUACAGGGUUAGGAUAUGAGUGAUUAUGGACAAUGUUAAAUUAAUUGAGUAUGAUUACAUUUAGCAGGCCUAAUCGUAGUCAGCUGUAGUUUAUGUUAUUAAUGUCAGUGAGGCUGAUGUUCAUGUCUGCAGUAACAGUCCAGAGGAAUCCAAGAGAAGAAGGAGCUCAGGGCCUGAGGCCAUAGACUGUAUAUAAGAUGGACAGAGCCUGCCUCCUCGCUGGGUGAAGCCACUGCGAGAACAGCACCCUCUGAUGGUGGGCUGCAGUACAGGUCAUAAAUCCCGCCCCCGCCAGCAAAGCUUAUGGGACUGUGGACAAACUUUAGAAAUUUAUUACACAGAACAUAAUUUUUUCUCCCCCCUGGUUGUGAUGUUGACAUGUAGUUACUGUCAGACUGGUUUGUGCCCAAGUCCUCUUUUUUCUGUACAGCUCUGUUUUUAAAAGUUAUUAGGGGGUUCAUGUUUUCUAUGAUUGACACCUGGUACAGCCUAUGGGCGUUCAGGGAUUCCGAAGCUCUUCCGGGGGAAUACGCUGUUUGACCCGAGCGUCAUCACAGGGACUCUCGGCGACUGCGCGGCCGAAUGCGCACAACGCUACUGCACAGCUCUGGUUUCAAGGAAGCGGAGAAAAACCCGGAAUUGCCGAGAGCCGUUUGGCUUCAAAUCCGUAUACAGGCGGAAGGCGGAACCACGGCGUCCAUCUUAUAUACAGUCUAUGCCUGAGGCGGACAAUCGUAGACAAUGCGGCUAGAGUCAGGCAGGUCUGCAGCAGGUCUGAUUAAUGAGUUUAUAAUAAGCUGUCAUUGCUGUGAAGUGGUUUAACUAGACAGUGCGAGUGUACUGAGUGUGUGUUUCUGAAUUCAAGGGAAACCCACAUUUGGUUUUCCCACUUUGUUGAAGUAUAAACUCUUCAGUGUUUAGGUCUAAGAGCUUCAAAGUGGCUCAUGUUGAUAAAAUCCAGCUGUAUGAUCAUGUAAGUUUAUCCUUACAGUCAUCACACAGUAUUAUGCAGCAAUACUAAAAGCAGCUGUCCUUGGAAAUAAUCAAGCACACUGUAGAGUUGGAAGAGAUUCAGAUACCUUCAUUUUUAAAAGACAUCCGAGGAAUACUACAUUUAUCUCCUCUAGUUUGGACAUUUCAGCUGAUGGAGGUAGAUCUUAAGUUUUCUUUACAAAUCCAUGUGAAGUUUUCACGUUUUAUUUAGAUUAAGGAUUUCUAAAAGUUUUAAAGUUACAUGUUUGUACACAAAUGAAUUUACACAACUCGGUAAAAACACACAAUGAUGUCAAACACAACACCAAAAAAAAAAAAGGACAGAGCAGGAAAAACCGAAACAUAACUUUAAACAUGUCGAAGAGCAGUUUUGUUAAAACUGCGUCGCCUUCAGGUUUCCAUUCUGGGGAAAUGUAGCGUGCACUUUUUCUGUAUUGAUUUGAUAUCAUGUGCGAUCAGGAUGUCCCUGUUCUUACUUUUGAUAUUUGAAAUCACUUUUGUGAUUGGAAAUAAUCAGGUUAGGCCUGGGCGAUUAUAUGAUAGUGAUCGAUGAUCGUGAUAAAUUUCAGUUCGAUCAUGAUGAUCAGCUGUGAUCAUAUUUACUCGAUCAAACAUAGUGGAAAUGUGCGUCACAACAACCAAUCAGAGUCGAGCUUUUCCUGCUCACUUCUGUAAGUUACCAGAGAAAGAAAUUAAUCACUGUUGUUACGGCAAUUAACAAAUCAAAGUCAAGUAUUGAGUAAAGCAGUUUUAUUUUUGCAGCAAGAAAAGGUGGAGGAUUCAAGUCAAAUGCCUUUACGAAGAGGGCAAAAAGAAGAGGAGGGCACACACACACACACACACACACACACUGACUCAGUACUGCUCCAAGUGUAAGAGUCGGUGUUUAGGCUUCAGGUGUAGGGUUGGGUAUCGAGAAUCGAUGGGGACCGGGACUGACAUUUCGAUCCUCCCGGAAUCGUUCAAAUUUUAAAAUUUCGAUUUCAAGUUUCGAUGUCGGAGUCUGCCGACCGGAAGAAACAGCCGCCACACAACAACGAAGAAGAAGCUGCUGAACACCAACGAGGACGGAGCGUAAGAGACGAAGCCACAGAGAGAGGGAAGAGGGGAAGAUAGAGAGAGAGAGUGCUUUGCAACCCACAACAAUGCAGCCGCUGUGUCUCUCUUCUCUCUCUCUGUCUUUCCUCGUCCUGGUUGGUGUUCGGCGGCUUCUUCUUCUUUGUUGGUAAAAAGUUUGUCUAACUUUGGCAAACCAAUCUUUCCCAAGUAAAAUCCACUGCCAUGGAAAAGGAAAUAUGCAUCAGUGUUGACACACUCAGGGGUUACUGAAGGUCAGGUCAAAGCCUUGUUUCAGUAAGAACGAAUGCUGUCUGAGAACAAAUUACAACUUUUUGGUAACUUAUCUGUCAAAAAUGAUGACUCCUCCUUUUACUGAUGUGUUUCAAUGAGACAAUAAACCCCUGUCCCUCUCCUCGCCAUUUCAUCUCGUCCCCACAGUUUCAUGGUUGUGGAUUUGUGGUUUGUGUUGAAGACAUUAGAGUUUAUUUAUUUUUGCAGCUGGCGGUUUCCUAACAAUCUGGUGUUGAAAAGCAAACAGCAGACUCCCAGCGGAGGGUUGCACAAUAUCCAUGAACAAAAACCAAAUGCACAAUGUCUUUUUAGCCUGAAACCUGUGCACAUGUAUGAUUUUAGUGUCCAAGUAUGUAACACUGGAAGGUUGUUUUCCCAUUUUCAGUAAACAUAAGAAAAAAAAGCUUGUUCGGGGUGUUAGGUGGCAGUGCAGCCGGGUCGCAGUCAGUCUAGCGAGAUUGUGGGUUGUCAGAAACCUUCCUAUGAAAAGUUUACAGUCUUCAUGUUUGUCUGGUCGGAGCUGACAGCAGUCUCCUGUUGAGCAUCUCCAUCCUGAUUUGAGCACAUUUCUCCUCUCCCUCUCCUUCCCCCUCUUCCUCUUCCUUCUCCUCCUCCAUCUCUCUCUCAGGGUCUCUAUCCAGAGUCCAACGGUUUGAUUGACAACAGCAUGUACGACCCGGUGUUUGAUGCCUCCUUCAGCCUGUCCAGUCCAGAGAAAGACAAUCCUGCCUGGUACCUCGGCCAGCCUGUGAGUAAUAGACUUUUGGGAUGCCUCUCACUCGUACCUGAAGGUAGAAGAGCGUUGCAGUAUCUUUGGUGAAAGUAAACCAGAAAAGAAAAAGUAAAUUGAGAGGGACAUGUCCUCUGAAAAUGUGCCUUCGAUUGGCAUUAGAAUAUAUUAUGAUACCAACUUUAUUUCCAGUGUUUCAAACUGUACAGAACUAUACAGAGUAACAUGACAGUGAUGCCCUUGAUAUGAGCACACACAGUCGAGUACAUGCGUUAAAAAUAAACCGAAUUCAGCCAAAGACACCAAUAAUAUUUGCCUCAGAAAGAAACCUGUUUGAAUCUUCUCUUAAACAGGAUCGAUGAACGAAACAGGAUCUUUGAGACUGUUGCAUAAAUGUGUAAAUUUCAUAAUGAUUGAAUCAAAUAUGUGGUUGUUCAGUGAAAAUCAUCCACCUGUUUGUUUUUGUAGAUUUGGCACACAGCAAAGUACCAGGGGCUGAAGUCUGGAACGUUCUUCUGGCCGGGGUCAGAUGUGAAAAUUAACGGAAGCUAUCCCGACAUCCACCGACCGUACGACGGGUGAGACUGACUUUACAAUCCCGAUCAAUGACUUUCAAAAGGAUGUAGAUAAAGCUUUCAGAAAAAAGGGACACGAUUUUCUUUACGGUGGAAUAAAAGGAUGUGUGAGCAGCCUCUACAGUAACCUCCUGUUCACCACUGCAUCUCUUUAGCAAAGUGCCGUUUGAGCAGCGAGUUUUCACCGUCCUCCAGUGGCUCCAACUGCCGGAGAACGAACGGUGGGUUGUUCCAGUAUUUCUUCAUUUCUGAACCUGUGUUAUAGAAGUUAUUUCCAGAGUCUAAAUCGAGUCUAAAUAAACGCUGCCUCUACUUUCAGACCAGAUUUCUACACGCUAUAUCUGGAGGAACCGGACAAAUCUGGACAUAGUUACGGUCCUGUGAGCGGAGGGGUAAGUUCACGAAGCCUCUAAAAUUCAGCUCUUCUUAAAAACACCCAGAAAUCCUUGUGAAUAGAAGCAGAUGUGGGCUCAGGUUCUCACUCUGUUGGUGGGAGUUUGUCAAUCAUUGUCACACUUUUGCUAUCGGCUCUCUCUCCUUCUUCAGGACAGAAACUAAAUGAGGCCCAUUCGGCUCAUAAACGCGCCUCCUCUAACGGGCUGUGGUUAUAAACUUCUGUCUCCAAUCUCCUCGGCACUUAAAACGUUUCUUCACCACAUCAUACGUCUCACUCACUGAUGGCAGAGUAUGCUGUGGAAAGAGUCCUUCAGUAUCAAGUAAUUCUAUUAUCACCCAUUACAACAGGGGGUAUAUGCGGGUUCAUGUUUUCUAUGAUUGACGCUUGAUACAGCCUAUGAGCAUUCAAGGAUUGCGUAGCUCACCCGGGGAAAAUGUUGUUUGAGCCGAGCGUCAUCACAGCGGCUCCCUGUGACUCUCCCGCUGAAUGCGUACAACGUUACAGCAGGAAUUCUGAUGAAACCACGGCGGCCUCUUAUUGCAAAUGAUCCCAAAUAAGGUUUGAAAAAUCAGGAUUAAACAAAAGAGGAAAAAAACCUCCUUAAAAGAUGAGCAGCUUUGUUUCUGAGACUGUGUUUGUCAAUGGGAAUAUCUCUGGUAAAAUAAAACUGGGUGAGUCAUGUGUUUCUUCACCAUUUACCGUGACAAAGAGUGAAAUAAUUCCAAGUGAAUAUUUGCUUAAAAGCUCUCAAGAAUAAGAACUUUAAAGAGCCCGGCUCCUCCGAUAUGCCGGCUGUUUUUUGGCCCUAACCCGGCUUCUCAGAUUUCUUUCUUGAUCACUGAAGAAGAGGGUGGGGCUCCUGAUGUCAGCUUUGUCAACAAAAAAGAUCCAUGAAGAGGAGACUCACAGGCUGCAGGACGACUAUAAGCACUUCUUUUAAUGCCAUCGAUCAAAAACAAGUGUAAAGUACACAGAGCAUUUCAAAACAGGUUUUACUGAGGGAGCAUAAGUGCCAGUACAACUCUGGUAUGCACAUUUGAGAUCACAGAGGGAGGCCAUGUGGAUCUAAACGCAGUCUGAUGCAGUCUUCAUUUAUCAGCAAGUGUUAACAUGUAUCAGCAACAUGUAACUUCUCUUCUUUGAACACUGAAAACUGUAUAUCAGUGCUCGUAAAUACUCUUAAUCCUUAUCUUUACAAGGCCGUCUGACCUUUCUCAGCUGACGUCUCGCUUAAGUAAGAAAGUUACUUACACGAAUCUCCAACCUCAGAGGUGGGUUAAUGGAAGAUUUGGAGAAUGUAAAUAAGAUAAAGUGACCUUAAAGCCGUGACUAAACAUGUCAACAUUGUUGACUGCACAGAGGUGUUUGAACCUGUAUGUGAAUCAGCUGUUUUUCUGUUAAAGGUCAGCUGUUACCAAACACCACCGUUCAGUGAACUUCUGAGAUCACAGGAUACUGCUGGAGAUGGAGAUUGGAGGCACUAACCCUGUACCCGCAUAUUAUUAACACGCUUCACCCCAGACCAAGACGAGUUUUACCAAGUCAAUACUUUUGAGUAUUUCGUUCAAAAAGAGAGUUUCUCAGAUUUUCUAAUAUUAACAGUAUUUGAAGAAAAUAUUCCAAGUCUUUUGUUGAUUUAAUUUUGAUUCGAUUUUUUUCUGACUGUAAAAUAUUUCUAAUGUACAUAAUUGUUCUUUAAAAGGGCUGAACCCCUCAGAGGGGAAGAGGAGGAAAAGGUUCACCACUCUGUGAGAGACUGCGUAAGCAAACAGUUCAACAGAUUCAGAACUUUGAGGGAUAGUAACAUUUUGGGACAUAAUAUUAAUAUCUCUCUGCAAAAAGGCCAAAGUCUGGGGUGACUUCAGGACCCUCAGGUGACACUGCAUUAAUAACAUGAACGACUCUGUAGUGGAAAUUUGCAUGGACUUGAAAUAACCUCUGAAAACCAUCCCCCCUGGGUCAGUGCACACAGUGAAUAUUUAUAAACCUUCAUUAAACACGAAACCACACAGGGCUUCAUUCAACACUAAAGUAAUGUAUACACAGCUUAACAGUUGUGUCUCUAGAGAGAAUAAUGGUGCUUAUUGCAACGCCACAAGAGCCGUUCAGUUUAUACUGACUCUGGCCGUGACUUCCCUUACUCUCACGCCGGCCUGGUUCAGUUUGAUGCAGUAGUAAGGCCGUGACCCUCAACGAGCACCAGCUGGGAUUGCAAUCUGGUAAAAAAAAAACAAGGUGAAAUAACGUCUUAAUUUCCAAGAUCUAAUUUCAGUAAGCGUGUUUUCAACAGAAAUGUAGUGACGUGUUUUUCUGAGGUAAUUCUCUGGGGGCGUUUGAACAGUAGUGAUGCAAAGAUGCACGACAGCAUCAUUGAUGAAGGUCGCUGAUGUAGUGUACUGAUGUCUAACAGAUGCUUCAUGCCGAGGGACGUCAGCAAUCUUCAUUCUCCUGUUGGUGACAGAGAUGCUCUGCAGUCAUUUUAACCGCUAAGAUGCAAAACCACAGUUAAUGUGAACGUGCUGUUAUUUAUCUGACCGAGUUUUUCCAGUCUCAUCUGAGCCGGACAUUAACCAAAACACAGUCUGUGAAGAGCCGGCUCUUUCAACCCAGUUUUGGAUGUCCUCAAAGGUGGCCAAGUUUCUCCCACACAGCCUUCACCAGUUUGAGUUUUCCGAUUUAAUACGCCCUCCACCUGCCUGGGGCUGAAAUGCUAAUGGUUUUCAGCUGAGAGUGUCAUUCGUUGAGGGUGGGGAAUAAAUGUCUGUCUGUUCUUAAUAACCUCCUUUUAAAAACUGAAGAGGAAGAAAAGGUCAAAAAACAAAGAAGAGUUUUAUGUGGAUGACCAGAAAACCGAGACUUCACCCUUGAGUUUGGCAUAAGCAUCCAAAAGUCUGUCUGUGGAAAACCACCACUCUGCUUUACCAGCUGUUAAUAGAUGAUGAAUGUGGAGAAAAUGUCCUUUUUGAGUGAUUCAGUCGCAGGUCGCCCCCCUUUUAAACUGAAACAGUGUUCCAGACAGGGACGCUCCACCUCACACACUCAUGAUGGCUUUAUCAUGUGUGAAAGUAGGGCUCUGCAGGAUCUUGUUUAGCCUUUAUAUCUGGAAUUAUAAAUCAGAAUGAACAAUGAGUCGAUUAUAACCGUCACCACUUAUCUUGAUGGAUGCAUCAGGCUGUUGCAUCUGCUUCCUGUUUUUUCUUGUGCCAUACUGUCAAAUUGAUCCCGCUCUUGUCUGUCUUUGUUUUGUCCCUUUCCUGCAGGUGAUUGAGGCGCUCCAGGGUGUGGAUAAGGUCAUAGGUCAGCUCAUGAACGGCCUCAAGCAAAUAGGCCUCCACCGCUGUCUCAACAUCAUCAUUGUUGCUGAUCACGGUAAAUCACACGGCUUUGGAAACACUUCCAUGUUUCAUCCACGCUGUAGAUAUAAACAACUGAUUCACACUGAGUCAAACUGAUUUAUCAGUGUUUGUGGGAGAUAUUCACACUUCAUAAACCAAAUCAAUGUCAGCACAACUGCAAAGAUGAAUGAGCCAGCUUCUUAUCAACUUAGUCGGACAAAUCUGUGUUUAGUUUAUUGGGGCGUAGCUGCCUGCUGAAUCAGACUGGUGUUUAGUGACAACUUGCAAAAUCAUGUUUUAUUGUACUUUCAUUCUUAGUGUCUCUAUUAGCAGGAAACAAAAAUCUUCUAUACAGAGAGCACCAGCUUUUUAUCAAUCAAUCAAUAGGACUGUAUUUAUAAAGCACUUGUCAUAGAACCAAAUGCAUAGAGAGAGCUUUACAGAGAGCACCGAUGAAAACAGUUCUAUCCACAGCACAUUGAGGACCAUUUUACAAAUCACAGUUUUAUUUUUCAGGGAUUGAUCGAUGCUCUUAAAAUAUUUCAUACUUUAUUUUUGCCAAAGUAGGAUACACUGCUGGGAUAGUACACAGUUUAAAAACAGCCUGUGCUUUUCUCCAUCUUUCAUUUCUGUUGUGGUUUACACACACACACACACACACACACACACAAAGAAAUCAAUUUACACUGUAAAUAUUCAUUCAUCUAACGGAUUGUUAAGCAGUUGUGGCCGUUUUCUAAUCAAACAAUAUUGGAUCAUUUGAUCAUUUUGUGACUGUUAAUAAUCAGGUCAUGAUCAGUUUGUUAGAUGGUGCUUUCAGGAGGCUCUGUCAGGUGUUGGCUGCCAAAGGUCCUUACACACUAGGACCGACGCAAAUAUAGGACACAAAAUUAUGAAAUAUUCAGAGGCGAAUUUUGACGCGCCUGACUAAACACAUCAAGCCUGAUGCGAUUUUGUGGGUGGAAAAAGACGCAUCUCGGGUGGAAGCGAGAAGACUGAGCCAACAGCAGACUGAGUGUUUUUCAGUUCUGAUCAGACUCUAGUGUUGAGAUGUCUGUCUGUCAUGAUAGCAUGAAGUGAGUCGGGGCCAGUACCAGAUUAACACAUUAAACUAUAAUCCAUAAACGUAAGGGAACAACCGAGACCUAAUGGUGCUGUGACAGCAACGCUGUGAUUGAGUUUACAGUGAAAAUACAUAUGGUAUGUUGUAUCUGAACAGGUUAGCUUACGAGCUAAAGUUACUUAGCACAGAUGAAAGUUCAAACAAAGACGUUUAUCAAACUGUUAAAGCUCACAACCCAUCGUCAUCUGAGAAAUCCGACGCUAUGACUCUCCACAAGUCGUCCUUCAGGUCGUUAUCUUUGUAAUGUUUGUGUCUUUAUCAAAAAUCACUCUGUUCUCUGACACGUAAACAAUCAGCCGGUCGGCCAUGUUGGAUAUACCGGUGAAUCAGACGUCGCAACAACACGCAAUCUGAUUGGUUAGAAGUGGACACACAGUAUGCGAAACGAUCGACGUGAUCCGAAAAAAUAAAUGCAGCAAUAUCGCAGAACGGGAAAACAUUGCUGAUGUGAACGCUUGUAUUGACAGGAUACGGGUUCGAAAAAAAUAUAUUGACGUCUGAAAUAAUCACAAGAAAAAAAAUGGUCCCGGUGUGACAGGAACUUAAGACCACAGCUCAGCUUCACAUUUCUGUGUGAGCUAGGAAGUCAGUUCAGUGUGUCGGUCAUCAGCAGUAUGAUGACAACAAUCAACAUGAGCUGAAAUUAAAGCUGGCUUAAUUUCCAUAAAAAUGUUUUUUUUACCUCCUGAGUCUUCACAAAUAAAGUUUGCAGGAUGAAAGAUUUCAUAAAACACCUGUUUGUGUCGCAGGUAUGGAGGAUACAAGCUGCGACAGAAAGGAGGUGCUGCAGAAGCUGGUAGGAGACGUCAGGGACUACUGGGUCUACGAGGGACCAUUCGGGCGUAUUCGGGCCAAAAACAAAGACAUGGUCUGUGAGUACUGAGUCCAUGUACCUUUUUUUCGUUUUCGACGUUUGUCGCAUAUUGAUGACGUAAAGGUCGGAUGAACGCGACCUGAGCGUCCACACUGCAGUCACAUCGGAUACAUAUCUGAUUUAUAUCCACAUACAAAAGAGGCCUGGGUCGGAUUAGAACCAAUCAGAAUUGACCUGUUCACACUUAGAUGAAAAAAUCAGAUAUGAGUCACAGAUGGUUAAAAGACCGGCCCUAUUCAAAAGUGUCAUGGCUGACUCAAAGCCAAUGACAAAGACAUGGUGCAAAUUAGAAUACACUGAUUUACAAAAAGGCAUGAGGUGUGAACAUCAGAGGUACGGGCAGGUGUGCAUGAGUGUGCAGAUGAGGAGUGGAGUGACUGUUUCAGACAAAAAGACAAGACAAAAAGAGGAAGCCUGCUUUUCUGAUGACCCAGUCACACCCUCCAGCUCCUGUGACAUAAAGAAAAACUGGCAGCAAGAUCACUCCCAACAGUCGGGGUCAUUUCAAAAGCACUUCAUACAAAGGAGGUGUUCAUCGUGAAGCAUAAAGAUCAGCGGUAUCAAGUUUUCACAAGUUUAAUCUUGACUUUAUGUGAAGAGACAGAAUGAUGGAUCAACGCUGAAGAAAAAAAACAGGCAUCACAGAAAAUGAUGAAGGGAAGUCCUGAUGUUCCACAUAGAUUCACCCAAGGCGUCAUGAAAACACAACGAGAAGGAGACUGAUGAAAAAAAAACUGUUGGAGGUGCAUUGAUGCCGUGCUGCUUUUCAACCACCCUGUAAACCAACUGUUUUUAUCCAAGAGUUCAGUGAAAGUCCAAGUGACACAAACCCAAAGGAUGAUAGAUGUUCGUAGCUGGCGGUAAUAGUUGAACAUUGUGUGAAUGUGUGUGGAGUGAAGAACCAAAAACUACUGAGUCUGAUACACGCUCAAAGAAGUCUGAGGAGAACAGACAGACCGGUUUCAAUGUGAUAGAAAGUCAACAGUGAGUCUAAUUACCUCUCAUUACAACCACGAUAUGCGUUUCGAAAGUGCACACUCAAUGGCACAGCGAUCCGACAGGGACCAACCAUGCGAGGGAGGCAGAGAUCCAAGCAGACGGAGGGACAGGAAGAACGAAAACAUCCCUGAUACCGGACUGACACUGACGCUAUAAACUCUGAAAAUGAACAAAAACACAUCAAACCCACUCGCACUCAUCCGCACUCUGCCCUCUAACCAAUCAGAAGCUCCCUCCUGAAAUUCUGGCAUGUUAGAAACUGUGGAGUCAUGAGUGAGUCCUCUAACUUCAGGGCUUUUUUCCCUGACUGUGCUUGUUUGCAGAGCAGUGGGCAGAGGCAGGAAGCGCCUUGGCAACAAACGUUAACAACUGUAAAAUGUAUCGUCGUUAACCUGCCGGUGCAGUCCUUUGAAUUUUAGUAAAAAAGCUCGACAAUAAAAUAAACCUUUUGCAUUUUCAGAGAGGUCAUAACUCUGCUCUUGCUUGUCAUUCUAUUUAUGACCACAGUGUUAAUUCAGUCACACAGUAUUUACCAGUCCUUACAAACGGAUGUAGAAGUCAUGGCGCAGAGUAAGUCACUGCUGGUUACAAUGAAUUUUCGGUCACAUUAACACAACAAGAGAGAGGUUUAGUUUGGUUGUUUGGUUUCGGCACUCCUGCGGGAUGAUUUGGCUGUAAUGACGCAAGUGUUGACCAUGGUUCUUCUCUCUUUCCCAGUGGACUCAGCAGGACUUGUUGCAAACAUGACUGUAAGUAUAAGACAUCAGCAUUUCUAACGGUAUUAGAUCAUUUGUUACUAAAUGAUGACCUGCUCAGGGUUCAGUUUAAACAAAUUCAAAUUUCUGUUGUUCUCAAAGAAACAAACUCUUCUUACUUGCAUUAAAAUGUUCGGCUGUUACUUUGUGGUUUCAUUUCAGUGUAAGAAGUCAGACCAAAAGAUUAAGCCGUACCUAAAGGCUGACCUCCCAAAGCGGCUCCACUUUGCCAACAGCCGGCGCAUCGAGGAUGUCAACGUCCUGGUGGAACCACAGUGGCUGUUUGAGAGGUAUUACCCUGAGUCCACAGUGAACUCUCAGUGUUCCCUCUUGGAGCUGUGAAUUCCCUCACUCCCCCGCAUCUCUCCCCCUGAGAGUGUGAGACUAAUCGAGCUGCGUGUUUCUUGCCAAAUAUUCUCCUUAUAUCUCCACUCCAGAUGAGGGUGAGGUACGUUUUUGACAGAAGGCUGUUGGCAACAAAGGUGGUAAACACUGGCUAAUGUAAAAUAGAAGCAGUGCUCCUGGUAGGAGGUUGUCUUUGUCACCGACAUGCAUCUGGAAAAGUUUAUGGUAUUUGUACCUGCAGUGCUCUUUGUUGAUAUAGCAGUGGCUCUUCUUCGGCUCUUCUUCAGGUGACGGUGGCCUCUGAGGACAAAAAGCUCCUGUGAUACAGGAUAAUAAUGAUCCUUUAUUCGUCAAGUUGUUACUGACAGAAACUUUUAUCUGUAAAAGCUCUCUUGUGCACAACAUCAGUCGGCUCCUUUAUUCUCCAAAUGAAGCAUUUGAUGCGCUCUUUCCUGUACCUUUGAAUGUGUCUGCUGUUUGUCUGUUUCUUGCAGUGUUUUAUUCAUAGUCAUAUCACAGUGUGUGAGCACAGGCAAGAAAACAGAUUAAAUUCAAAGGCAUGUAGAAACGAGGGAAACAUGGAAAACAGAUCACAACAGAAAAGCGUGCUUUGAAAAAGGAGACGAAAGAUUCUGUUCUUUGAAAAGCUGCCUGCGAGGGAGAAAACCAUUUGAAACCAUCUCCACAACAAUCAGGUGGAGUCACAAAGAGACUACUGAUGCUGUGAUGUCUGUCAUUAUUAGUCUCCUGCAGGGCUUUUAGGAGGUAGCGUUCUCACGCAAUGAGGGUUGAGUCAUUUUCUCUGUGGAGGGCUUUUAAACCGCAGAUUGGAAUCAGACUUAUUUUACAACCUUGCCCUCAGACUUAAGGUGUUUGCUGUACCUUAUUAGUCCUCUGAGCUCCACAAAGUGUUUCAGUUUCACUCAUCUUGAUUCUUAAAGCAGUCCCCUCCCUGCAGGUAUCCAGGAUCUCUGACGUUCUGCUCUGGUGGCACUCAUGGCUAUGACAACGAUGCUGAGAGCAUGCAUGUGAGUAAAGAACAGUUCUUUCCUGUCAAAUGUUUAAAGACCAAACUUUAUCACUCCCAUGAUUUUUUUCCCCAGUGUGUCCCAAGUUCGACUUUUUCUGACUGUAAUUAAAGCCAGCGAUGUUUUAUGUCCCUUUCUUCCUCUCUUUUUUUUUCAGGCCAUGUUUGUGAGUUAUGGUCCCAAAUUUCUCUCCAAAACUGAAAUAGAACCAUUUUCCAACAUCGAGCUGUACAAUCUGAUGUGUGGUGAGUUGUUUGGAUGUUCGUAGUCAAAACACAACCCACACAAAGUUUACAGCUCUCAGGAACCAGAAAACCACUGGACAAAGAAAACUGGAGGCACCCAGACGGUGGUAGAUAAGUCAGAUAAACCUGCAGAGACCUGAAGCUAGAUUUAAGCUACAGUGGAUAUAAAAAGUCUACACACCCCUGUUCAACUGCCAGGUUUUUGUCAUGUAAAAAGAUUAAAUCAAGAUAAAUAAUUUCACAAAUUCUUCCACCUUAAAUGUGAUCUAUAACCUGUACAACAAAAUUGAUUGAUUGAAUUUCCAAGGAAUUGAAUAUACCAGGGAACACAGUGAAGACCGUCAUCGUCAAGUGGAAAAAAUAUGGCGCAACGGUGACCAAGAACAGGACGUCUGUCCAAAAUUGAUAAGACAAGAAAAAAACUGGUCAGGGAGGCAACCAAGAGGCCGACAGCAACACUGAAGGAGCUGCAGGAAUUUCUGGCAAUUACUGGCUGUGUAGAACAUGAGACAACAACCUCCCGCUGUCUUCAUAUGUCUGGGCUAGGGGGUAGGAUGGCAAGAUGGAAGCCUUAUCUUACAAAGAAAAACGUCAAAGCCCGGCUUAAUUUUGCAAAAAGACAUCUGAAAUCUCCCAAACACACGUGGGAAAAUGUGUUGUGGUCUGAUGAAACCAAAGUUGAACUUUUUGGGCAUCAUUGCAAAAGGUAUAUUUGGUUCAAAAUCAACACUGCUCAUCACCAAAAGAACACCAUACCUACAGUGAAGCAUGGUCGUGGCAGCAUCAUGCUUUGGGGCUUUUUCUUCAGCUGGAUCUGGCGCCUUAGUCAGGGUGGAGGGAAUUAUGAACAGUUCCAAGUACCAGUCAGUGUUGGAACAAAACCUUCGGCCUUCUGCUAGAAAGAUGAAGAUGAAGAGGAACUUCAUCUUUCAGCACGACAAUGACCCAAAGCACACAUCUAAAUCAACAAAAGAGUGGAAUAAGAUUGAGACUUUGGAAUGGCCCCGCCAGAGUCCAGACCUGAAUCCCAUCGAACAUUUGUUGGGUGAUCUGAAGAGGGCUGUGCACAGGAGAUGCCCUCGCAAUCUGUCAGAUUUGGAGCGGUUUUGCAAAGAAGAGUGGGCAAAUAUUUCCACUUUUUAUAUCCACUGUAGCUUUAGGCAAAGAACUAUGUCAUAGUCUGUUUUGUCUCCUCUCACUUAUGUAUUCCCUGAGUCUCUUUGAGGCUUUCAUGAUGUUGGAGUCAGACGUUAUUACUAAGUGUCCAAAAGUUUGCAGAAAGUCAAACUUGCUAAAAUGGACAUGUGGAAAAAAAGGAAACUAGAAGCUCAGGGUAAUUAAACCUCAGACUCAGCAGUUAAUGUGCUACAGCCCAGAACGUUUGUGAGCUAUUUUUUUUUUUAUAAUCACUCAGAUCUAUGCUCAGUUUCAGACUCCAACAUCCUGAGAAACCUCUGCCUCCUGCAGCCUUCUGUGUAUGUCAGCAAAAUUCCUUAAUCCACAUCAAUGUGUUCUGCUCUCCACUCAGACCUGCUGCACAUCUCCCCUACUGCAAACAACGGGACUCACGGCAGUAUGAACCACAUCCUGAGGGAACCGCACUUUACACCAUCGCACCCUGCAGAGCUGAGCGUGCCUCUGCAGUGUACGCUGAACAGUCUCCACCCUGCAGACGCCCUUGGAUGCUCCUGUCCUGGCCCGGUAGGUAUUUCAUCAUUACACUCUGGAGACAAAUCAAAGUGGAUAUGAGGAUCACAUCCAACAAGUUCUGUCACUUCCUGUCGAUUAAAUCAGAGGUGCACGCACACAAAAAGUUUUUUGUCCAGUGAACGAGUUUAAAACGACACAAAGAAGAAUUUUGUUGGUCAGUUUCUUGUGGCGAUGACUGAACAUGCAAAGAGGUCCAAAGUGUGGCCCUGUGUUACCAAAGCUAAAGACAGGCAUGAAGCAAACUGCAGUUUAUGGGGCGAAACACUUUCUUGCACGGGGGGGAAUAGCACCUCCAUAACCAAGCUCCUCAGCACUGUGCACCAAAUGAGCCGAAAGGCAGAGCAGAGGUGUGUCAACCCAGUUCUCUAGCAACAGUGACAAACAUAAACACAUCCAUUAUAUUCUGACUAGAAGAACUAUUAUUCACAGCUUCUGACAUGUACAUGUAUUAUAUUCCUGCCUGCAGACUGUAGUGGCGCCUUACCUGAUUGGAGAUCUUUUUUAGGAGGGCGUUACGCAACUUUUUUUUUGACAGGCUUCUGCAGGUGCUUUUCUUUUCUAAUGCGCUUCUUCCAGUGAAAUUUAUACCCUGACUGACUGUUUUAGGUUUUUGCCUCCUGUGAGAGCCUGUGCUCUUGUGAUUAAACUGUAUUUUUAUUGUUAAAAAACCUUAUAAACCCACUAAUGAAGCUCAUGACCCCAGUCAGGGAUUGACACUAACUUUUUUCACAAGGAGCACGUUCUCCUAAGUUGAAAAUGUUAGGAGCCCACGAAGAACUUCAGGGGCACAAUAAAAAUUGAUCAAAUAAUGUUUGUCUUAUUGGUCAACAUAAGUAAUUUGAAAUCAAUUCAAGGUCAAUUGGUCACGUGACAUGGACGCUUUUGAAAGAAUGUUUUUGAGAACAUCAACUGGUAAUUUAUUGACGGUCCCUUGUUUAACGCCCUACGUUGACAGUGAGGGUGUCGAGUAGAUUUAACCGCGCUGCUGUUGUUAUUCCCGGUUAUGGAGAGUGAGAAGACACCGGUAGAUCCUCAGAGAAUGUCCGUCAGAUAUCCAACCUAAAACUAACUUCACCGCCGUAUUUACAGGAAAAUAUAUCCAACCUGAAACUAACUUCACCGCCGUAUGUACAGGAAAAAACAUUUGUUACCUUGGCUGAUUUUCUUUUUAUGCGCACGUGACCCUACAUACAUUUUACAAUUCACCCACAUCUAUUUUUAGUCGCAAAUGUGAGUGAAACAGUUUCAACCAUAAAACUUUGAACAUGUUGCUGCACACGCCACUGAGCAGUCACAACUGUUGACCUGCUUCAUCAUCCAAGAUGAUCUGGGGAGGAUCUGGAUGUUGUCCAGGUUCAGGUUUCUGUACCGAUGCCUGCAGGUCGGUUAUUUAUGCUGGUUUUAUAUUUGUUUAUAUUUUAAAGGUGCAAAGAGAUUUUGCGAAACCUGAGAGUGAGUUCAACACCAGGUUUUCUUGGCUCUGCAGCUGUGGUGCUGUAAAGAUAAGGAAAAUGAACCUCCAACGUAGACGUUUGACGUUACAACAUUUUUCAAGCCUAAAUUCCUGUUCUGUGAAUAGUUUGGCUGAUCAAAAACUAACAGAGGUCCUCGUGGCUUUUGGUUAAUCCGUCAGCAGUGCAGAUGAGCAGAGACACGACCCCCUUCGGUACAUUCAUGACAUUUUUCCAAACCCAGGAAUGACCCUCUCCGUGUUUCCUGGAGGUAAACUCUUAAUCCUCAGAGGGUCUGACACAUCCUGGCAUUUCUGUGUGCUGUUCAUCAACACCACCUGGAUGAAACUCUCAUAGCUCCAGUUCAGUGGUUUUUUAACUGUUCUGAGACUUACCCUGUUCUUCUCAAACUUACCUGUUGUUUUCAUUGACAAAGCUGAAAAAGUCUCCCAGGUGGAUGAGUGGAAAGUCCACCUAAGUGUUAAUUCUGCAACGUAAAUAACACAAGCAUUUGUGUUGUUUUUUCUUUCUCUUCAGAAUGUCACUGCCAUCAACAGCCGUCUGAAUCUGACCACAGCGGAAGGUGAGGAAGUUGCAUUGAGUGUUUUCUUAAUGUGUGCAUCUUCAGUCAGGAACAUUUAGUCUACGUUCACACUGCAGGUUAUGAUGCACAAUUGGGAUUUUUUGUUAAAUCCGAUCUUUUUGUGCGGUCGUUCACAUUACAACAACAGUGCGGCAUCUAAUGUGAACGGAAUGCGUCCGUGAAGUGACCCGAAUGAACACAAAGCACAGAUUGCUUUCCACGCCUGUUUGUGUUGUUGCAUAUUGAUGAAGUAUAGGUUGGAUGAACGCGAACUGAACGUCCACACUGCAGUCACAUCGGAUCGGAUAUAUCCACAAACAAAAGAGGCCUGGGUCGGAUUAGAAAAAAUCAGAAUUGACCUGUUCACACUUAAAUGAAAAAAUCAGAUAUGAGUCACAGAUGGUUAAAAAAUCGGAAUUGACCUGCAGUCUGAACAUGGACUUAGUGUCAUUUCAGUCAGGACCACUUUUGUCAAAAUUCAUCAUUUAUUAUAAGCAAUCAUUUUUACAUCGGCGGUAUGGCCCUGUUCUGAGAGUUCCCUGCUCUUCCAAGCGCUUACAUGGAACGCCACGACUAUAAGAGGGGAGAGCUCCUCCCCUCCCUUUCAUGUGCAUACAUGAAAAGCCGAGGCAGAGAAAGCAGCAGCAAAUAAAUAUGAUUAAGAUAAAUACAUUAAAAUCCCCCCACAGAACAGAGCAAGCAUCAGUGACAAUACAUAUAACACUGGUAAGAUCAGACACAACAUGAACAGGAGGAGCUGGGGUGGAGGUGGGGCCAGAGUGGUUGCAGCAGGCAGAGUAGGCAGGAGGAGCAGUUUCAAUAGGGCGCCAUUUUGACAGUAGCCAAUAGGAUGUGUAGAAGGCGAUCACCUGAGCUGUCAGCUGACUGAAGGCUGGCUUAAGAUCAGCAGACUGUUGCCUUUGGUUUGACUCUGUGUCCUCCUGCCUGAACUACCACUAUGCUUCAUUUGUGCCCCCUGUUUGGACCUUUAUGACAUUUGCACGAGUCAUACUUUGACUAUCCUGUGGAGUAUUUCCCUCCCAUUUUAAGAAAUUCCAAUUACAGUAAAGUUGGGUCAUUGAGUGUGUAAUGUCCCAUUGGAAUUGAAGUUUGAACAUACGCCACUGUCUACCUCAUGAUGAAGAAGUUUUGUCCACUCAUCUUAUAUCGUUUAUGAAAGACAGUCAAAUGUUCCAGUUUCAGUUCCUGGCUUAGCCGAGCAGAAGCAGCCAUCAACACAGUGGAUCACACCAUAUUGAUGAGCCAUCCAAAAUACUCAGUUUAAAUUAGUCGUGUGUAGGGUUGCAAAGGGGCAGAAAAUUUCCGGUAAAUCUCCAGUAAAUUUCCUGAAACUUUCCGUGGAGAGUUAGGCCCCAACUACACGAAUGCAGAUAUAUUUCAAACUGCACAUAUUUAUGUCCGAUUGGGCCUCCCUACCACACCAAAACGGGAAUUUGGAACACCCAAACCGGCUAAAUCUGAAUCCGAAAAAACAAGUGGAGAAAUAAAAAAAUAUCCGUACAAGUGGAUUCGUGUGGUUGAACUUUUACGGAUCGAUGACGUCAAACCGCAGCUCGCACAUGCGAAUUAAAAAGAAAAACAACAACAACGAUGGCGGACAUACAGGGUAUUCUUUACGUUUGUUUUGCCCUUUUGGGGCUUAUUUCAGCCUUGACAGUGAACCUUGUUUUAUACAAUUACAUCCACCAGUCAGCCAGCUCACAGAAGCGCCUGCUGUGCCCAGUACUUUUAUUGGUCACAUGGUCCGUCACAUGGACCCGACGCACGAGCGUAGCUUCCGCAAACAAUGCAUGACGCAUCACGCUGUUACUAUUCAUUGGCCAAUCAGGUAGCUUUGUUCCUGAAUUUUUUUUUAAGCGGCACCAGAUAGGAUUGAGUUUGAAGGCUACGUGUGGACGCAGAUAUUUUUGAAAACUAACACGUGUGGACAGAUACAUUUAUUUAGACAGGAGUACAAAAAUAUCCUGAUAAAUAAAUAUCUAUAUACGUGUAGUCCGGGCCUUAAGAUGGGGAGUUUUGGAAACAUUCCAAAUUGGAAACUUUACAUGGUGAUUAUGGGAAUUUAUUGGGAAUAUCAAUUUUGUAAAAUUCAGAUGUAAUCCCAUGAAUUCCCAUAUAUUCUCAUUAAUUCCUAUGGAAAGUUUCCAACUUUGAAAAUACGCGGAAUUUUGCAACCAUCGUGAUGUGGUGUUUUUUUUUUUCUUUUUUUUUGUGGCGUUCUUCAGGGGUCUGUUUCCGGUCCGCUCUCAUUCCCCUCUCUGUUACUCAAAUGACACUCGGCUCUUUAAAGCAUCUCUGAUGUUCCUCACAUCAUGUCCUCAAAUCAAGAAUUGGAUGCCUGAAAAUGCCGACUAACGAUGAAGAUUAAUCUAAAUAUUUUCAGUCUUAUCUCGCUCAGUGGUGACAGUUCACCAAAAUCAGGGUAAAGGAAAAAGUCGUGCAUUUAUUUCGUCCAGAUUUGACUACUGAAAUGCACUUUUUUUCUAGCUAGCCCAAAAACCAAAGACUGCAAAUAAUUCAAAGUGCUGCAGCCAGUUUUGAAACUCAAGCAUUUUGGUGUUGUUGUUUUUGAAAAGAGUGAUAUGAAUGAAGGUGUUAUUAUAAUCUCCCAUACAUGUCUGUAACUGGACUAUGUGAAAGAAGCAGAUCGUACUGGUCUAGAUAUCUCAAAUGGUGUCUUCAGACCAUUUUCUGCACAUGGAGUUAGUAAACAACAUUGAAACUGUCUGUCUCAGAGUUGGCUGCAGAGAAGAAGCACCUGCUGUUCGGCCGUCCCAGAAUGCUGCAGCCUGAGCAGAGUUACUGCGUCCUCCACCAUGAGGGGUUCAUCAGCGCCUACAGCCACAAAGCUCUGAUGCCUCUGUGGAGCUCCUUCACCAUCGACAGGCCAGUAAGUAGGGAUGGGAAUCGAGAACCGGUUGGUGUUGGGAACCGGUUCCAAAUGGUUCAAUCCAUCGACAUCAUUUCCAUUUUAUCUUAGCUAUUCCCUCAACGAUUCCUUUCUUUCGGGUGCAUUUAAAAACGGUCUUGUGAGUGCCAGUCUACACGAACGGGAACGGAGACAGAGAAAAAAAAAAACAGAUGGUUGAAAAGUCGGCAGAAACGAGCUGAAGCGUGGCUUAAUGUUACUAAGAAAGACGACAACAGUGCAACGUUUGUCAAGCAGUGAUAACAUGCAAAGAUGGAAACACCAGUAACAUGCUUAAACAUUUGUCAACAGGGCACGGCAUUAAAUAUAAGGAGUCACAUGUAUUCGAUGAUCUCCUCAGGAAGAAUGCACCCCUGCAUCCCAUCCAUCAUUAGCUUCUUAAAGUGGAAGAAAAUUAUCUCAUAUAUAAAAAAAAACACGAGUAUUGGAUGACGACAACAUGUCAAAUGGAGCCGCAAACUUUCAUUCGGUUUUCAUGUGUCUCUAAAAUGCACAUAUAGAGAUGUACUUGGGUAUGUAAACUGUACAGUAAACUGUCAAGGUAGAUUUCAGGACGGCAAAUAUUCCGAAUCAGAGGGCUGUUGUUUUCAGCUUGUCUGAAUAGCCUGAAUGAAAUCAUUAAAGGAUCACGCUUUUGAAUGAAUUCAAUGGUAAGGAAAACUUGGUUGUUAGGGACCUGAUGUCACGCAAACCAGGUAGAUGUUAUGAUGUCAUUUGAUGUCCCAACCAUGUCGGCACUGAUGCACAGAUUUCUUUGAUAGAGGAGUUCCAGUGAAAACAGAUCAGAGUGUAACAGCUGCCAGACUGACACCGUGAAUUUAUUAGGAGUUUGGCAAAACAUUUUUUUCUUUUUCUCAUCCGGAGCUGAUUUUAGUUCUGAUCGUCCUAAUCAAUUAAUUUUUUUUGUCGUUUUUUACUCCCACAGUUAAACUCGGACCCUUUACCGCCAGUAGUGUCAGACUGUCUGAGGGCUGAUGUCAGAGUUCCAGCGUCAAAAAGCCCUCGGUGUGAUCAGUACGACCCUGCUGAGAACAUCACCCAUGCUUUCCUGUAUCCACCCAGUAAGUUUGCAUUAGAACAGAGUAACAGUCACACAGCACGUCGCCUCCCCACCCACUUGAACACACAUCCACCCACCCAAACUAGGGGUUUUUUUUUCAUUUGCAGUGAACAUGCCUUGAGCAGCACACCCUCUCUCUUUUGCGCAUGUAUCUUCACUCCUCAUGAAUGCUCACUUCCACAGAAUUUCACCCACUCCACUCUCCUCCCAUUUCAUGAAUGGAAUACUAAUAACAUGUAAUUUCCCUCCUGUUAUGCUCACAACAAACCCCCUCCUAUUAGUUUCGAGCACGCAUUGACACAACCUUUACCGGUAUGAAAGGGCCAUUUAACCUGAUUUGUUAUCUUUGGUGCUUUGUUCCCAGGAGACUGAGAGUAAGCAGACACUUGUUGUCAUUGGGGUUUGUCAGAUAAUAUGAGGUGUGAAGUGCUCAGUAUCUGCUUUCACUGCAGUUAUAAAGUUUGUGGUAAAUCAAGUCCCAAAAGUCAGCUGUUAUAUUCUAACCACAGAUCUUUAGUAGGCUGACAUCAGGGUCUUAAGUUUUAUUAUUUCCUUUUAACCUCCUAAGACCCGAACUCUUGCAAGGCAUGCAUUUUUAUUUUCUCUUUGAUAUUUAGGCUAAUUGGGACCUGAUGAGUGUAAAAACAAAGAAUGAUCUUUUUACAUGAUGUAGUUUCUGAGAAAAAUGAUGUCCACAUAUGAGGACAUUCGUUUUAAAUUUUGAGAGAAGGCCCUUGUAGACCAAAAUUUAAUAUUGUGGUCUUGACAACCAAAAAUGUGAUGUCGACACAUGUGGACGCCAGGUCUUAGGAGGUUAAUUUUUAAGAGAGAUUGUGAACAAAUACAGACAUAAACAUGAGGACACAAAAUGUAGACUUCAAGAUUGUUUUAUGGAUUUACUCAUGAUUUCUGUGAGAACAGUCCCUCAGAUGAAUUCACAGUCAGUUACACAGACUACAUUAAUCACAGGUUAUAAAACAUACCUCAGUUAAGUGUGUUACAGGACAGGACGCUACUUCUCCUCCUCAGGCCGCUCUCACAUUUCUUCCCACUUGUCAUCAUUAUGUCAUCAUUUCUGGAACAGAGACUAAUGUUAUUGCCACAGUGGACUUUGGAGGUUGAUAUGCAUAAAUGUAAAUCAAUAGUCUGAUUAUACUCUGGACACUGAUGUGAGUCUGUGUCAGAUUGAGGCUUUUAAUACUGAACAGAUUUGUGAAAUGCCGACAGACUACAAAUUCUCUUUUCUUUUCAUUCUUCAACACAAACCCUCAUCUUUUAAAAUCGAGUCAGCUUUCCACAGUACCCACUUCAUUCAGCCGUGUUUGUUCAGGUGAGGUCAGGGGGAGACCGAUGUCCGUUAAACACAAACUAGAAACCCAGCAGGUUUCAAGUUUUUGGUUUCAAAGCAGGUUUGUGGGUCCGUAUCAUUGUCAGUUUGAAAGUAUUAAUUGUUACUCAUCAUUUAAAGGUUAAUCUGGUCUCAAGCUCUCAAGACAUUGAUUGGUACAAAAAUAGAAAGGGGGUGUGGUCUUGACCAGAAAUCCAACAGAACUUCUACAGGAACUCUGCUCUCUCAGUCAUCCUCCAGUUAAUCAGUGUUUCUGAAAGUGAUUCACCAUGUGAAGCAAAAAGUCAGUGAGGAUGUAGAGGAUCUGGUUCUCAACAUGGAAGCGAUUGAAAUUCAACCUUUUCAUCCUAAUUAUUGACCUGUUUUCAAGGGACAGUGAUUCUAACUGGUACUGAUAAAAUGUAUGAUCUGAAUCGAAAUCACUAAAUCCAAGAAAGAGUUCAAUUUGAACCAGAUUUAUUUGAAAGGAGUGCAAAAACAAUAUCAGUUCAGCUACAAGUUUGGGAGCAAUGGUAAGCUCAUGCACUCCAGAGUCUUGUCUGGUUUCUCUUUGACUCCUUGAAUUAUGUCAUGAACUGGAGAUGAUGAAAUCACCAAAGCGGUGGAAGUAUUUGAUCUAUUCUAGCACAAACAAUCCAAAUCUGGCUCAGUAAGUAUUCAAACAGUAUUCAAACAUUUGAGGUCCGGUUCUGUGAUGUGGGUCAGACGGUUUUUCUUGUUUGUGCUGAAAAUAAAAAACUUGAAGUCCACAUAUCUGAUAAACAAAUGCUGCUGUAUGUGUUUAGUGAAUCUCUGCCCCUCAGCGGGUAAUAACAUUAGGCCUGGACGAUAUAGAAAAAAAGCAUAUCGAUAAAAAAUAAAUCAUAUUGAUCGAUAUCGAUAAUUAUCGAUAUAAUUAUUAUAAUUAUUUAACAUAUAUUUUAAUUGCAGCCCUGGAUGUUUUAUGCUAUUGCUUAAUGACCUACUUUUAAUAAAGAACACACAAGCACUGAAUUCAAAUUCAAACCUUUAUUCAACCACCUUUUUUUUUUUACCACAACUGAAAGUUUUUUUUAAAAAAGAACUUAAAAAAAAAAAAUCAACUUAAGUGGCCUGAGUGACGUCAGUAAAUACUGACAAACAUAAAGACUAAAGUGACCAGAAAAUCUGAUAAAUAAAUAUUUAAAUAGUCUUUUGAUGAAAAUAAACAAAACAAACAAAUAUAUAAAUAAACAGAAUAGCUUUAGGUGGGAAUAGCAUACUACCAGUUUUAACUGUGUGGGAAACUGCCCACAGCCUGGUGUCUGAACACUGAAAUAUUUCUCCUGGGGUCGGGAGAUUUAUUUUUUUUAAAUAUCAUGUGAUUGACUUAAUAAACAAACUAAGCACGAGAAGCAGGACUUAUCCACGCCGGUGUUGUGUCGUAGAAUGCACCCCUGCCGAAUGCCCCCCCUGCUAGUAGCCAUGAUCCAAAUACUCGCGUCUUUGUAAAAUAUGAGCUCAUUUUCUUCCACUUUAAGAAGCUACACCGGAGCGUAUUUCCUCCGCACCCUUCUCACCUUUUCAACCCCUGACCCAUUUUCAUGCCUGAAGCGCUGUGUUUGAGAAAUACUUGCGGCCGGGCACUUCAUAUCGCGGGUCGAGAGUGGCUAGAAGCUGGUCGAAGCCAGGCUUUUCAACGGUAGUUAUUGGCAGUAUGUCCCUCGCUAUGGAGCAUGUUACUGCAUGGGUGAUGUCCUUAUGCCGCUCGAACGCUUUGUCGUAUUUUGGCAAGAAACAAAGUCCAGUUUGGUCUGCUUCACUUGCUUUGUGCUGGUGCUAACAGCGGUUCCAGAGGAUUCCUCCGACGACGACGACGUGGAGCCGCGGCGCGGCCGACACAGCUCGUACUCCUGCGGGUGCGACCGGUUUAGAUGGUAAAACAAGUUGGUUGUGUUACCGGACUUGGUUUUUACUAAUUCUCUGCAAAUUUUGCAAACGACCGCUGUUUGCUUUUUGUCAGACUUCUAAAAACCAAAACAUUGCCAUGUUGGUGAACUACUGAAACCUUUUUUCGGGACAAUUUCCUCCGCUUCUCCUUGCUGUUACAUUAUUUCUAAUACACGUGCUGUCUGUUGUGGUUUGAUAGGGGCUGGGCUUGGUGCCGUAGCGUACCUGGGUCUGCGUUUGUGAUUGGUUGGGAGGAAGUAAUGACUGUAGUAAAAGCUACAUGAUAGGCUAUGAUGAAAAAGAAAGGGAAACUGUGUUUUUCUAUCGAACUUUUUAUCGACCCGUUUUUUUUCUAUCGCUCCACACGUCUAUCGAUCGAUAUAUAUUGUUAUCGAAUUAUCGUCCAGCACUAAAUAACAUACUCAGUAUUUUGAACCGCUGUUGAUGGGUUCCUUGUUGUGAUUUUGCAGACCUAAAUGUCACCGUGGACCAGCAGUUUGAUGCCCUGCUGAUGAGUAAUGUUGUGCCCAUGUACCCCGAGUUUAAAAGUGAGUAACUGACUUAUAUCUAAAGCUGUUCUGCUCCGACUUCCUGUUUUCAUUUUACCUCUUUUGUCAUGUUUUAGAGAUCUGGGACUACUUCCACGACACACUGAUGAAGAAAUACGCGGAUGUAUACAACGGCAUUAACGUGGUGACGGGUCCUGUGUUUGAUUCCAACUAUGACGGCCAGUUUGACGCCCCAGAGCAGAUCCAGCAGUGAGUUCAAUCAGCCGCCUCUGUUUUCGGACAGUCUUCUGCUCCUCUGAGAAGCUGGUUCCAGAGACGGACUCGUGGUUCAGUCCAGAUAUUCAACAUUAAUUCCAUUUAAUAAAGAUCAAUAUGCUUCACUUUGGUUUUCUGGUUAGAAACCACCAUGAAGCUGGUACACCACCCUUCGCUGAUGUUUUUGUUUCUGUUUGACCUCAGUUUUGUGCCUGGCACCAACAUCUCCAUCCCCACGCAUUACUUCAUUGUGCUGACAAGCUGCAAAGACUCAGCCAUCUCUGUAUCAGCCUGUGCCGGUGAGCUGCAGACUGUAUCCUUCCUGUUGCCACACAAGCCAAACAACGCAGAAAGUUGUAAGGUAAGAAUCUGCAAUGCCGCACAUCACUUUUUAGGCUGA